AUGACAGAACCAGAAGGGCUGCUGGAAGUGCGUGAUCAAGAGUGUGAGGAUAAGACCACCAGGGUCUUGAUCAAAUGGAAAGGGCUGCCACAGUUUGAGGCGACUUGGGAGGAUGCUCAACUAAUCUCCGAUCGAUUUCCGGACUUCCACCUUGAGGACAAGGUGAGUCUUUGGGGGCGGGGUGAUGUAAUGGACCACGGUGGACCCAACUCUGAUCCACCUGUUCUGGUGUAUAGCAGGCGACACAAGAGAGGGCAAGCCCCCAAGGCACAAGCACCCACUGCAGAGGAAAAGCAACGAGUUGUGAGAGUGAGUGCAUUGCAUUCUCUCCCCAACUUUCGUAGAAAAUGGAAGAAGUUAGUUUGUGUUUCUGUUGCUGUUGGCCAAUUUUAUUUGGUUCCAGUUCCAGAUUUUGGGUACUCGAUAUUGAAAUCGAUGAUUACAAGGUACCAACGGGGUACCCAUUCCAAAAAAUUGAGAACGGAACCAGAGCCUGAACAUGUUCCGGUUCCGGAACAGCAGGUAUCUCAAUGGAUGAGCGACAAAAGAUUCAUGCAACUAGCGGUUGGUGAUGUUGCUAUCCGUUUAGACUUGAUUGCAAAGGUCCAUGGAAUUGAAGAAGCAGAGAAUUACUUUAAUAAUAUUCCAAAGCAGAUUAAGACAAUUGAAGUUCAUGGGGCCCUCCUCAACUGCUAUGCACAUGCAAAAUGUGAAGAUAAAGCAGAUGUUGUCAUGCAUAAGAUGAAGGAAUUUGGUGUUGCUCUGAAUACCGUGAAUUACAAUGUUAUGUUAAAUCUCUACUGCAAAACAGGAAACCAUCAGAAAGUAGAUGCUGUUAUUCAUGAAAUGGAGACAAAUGAUAUAAAAUUUGAUAGAAUCACUUAUGGCAUCCUGCUGAAUGUAUCUGGAGCUAACUCUGACGCUGAUAAGAUUGAGAAAAUUCUAAGGAGAAUAGAGUCUGAUGCAGAGUUCAACAUUGAUUGGGCAAUAUAUGCUGAUGUUUCAAAUCGGUUUCUUAGAGCAGGAUUUGAAGACAAGGCUUUGGAGUCUCUUAGAAAAUCAGAGAAGUUGGUAGCUUUGGGAAAGAAAAAGAAUGAUGCUUUUGCGUAUCUUCUUACACUUUAUGCUGCAGCAGGAAAGAAAGAAGAAGUGUUGAGAAUGUGGAAUGAAUGUAAAAAGUUAAAGCCAUGCAACAGAGACUAUAUUGCCAUUCUGAGCUCAAUAUUGAAGUUCGAUGAGUUAGAAACUGCAGAAAACAUUUUCAAAGAAUGGAAAGCCAGUGAUCUUAGCAAAGAUAUCCGCAUUCCAAACUUCUUGGUCGGCUUUUAUUGCAGAAAGGGUCUAGUUGAGAAGGCUGAGGCUUUAAUAGAGAGUAUGAAAUUGGUAAGUUGGGAACCUAAUGCAUCAACAUGGUAUUGGAUGUCAUUAGGUUACUUUCAGAGUAAUCAGAUGAAAAAGGCAGUGGAAGCAAUGGAGUCUGCUCUCCUAAAACGUACGCCUACAUCACGAUGGAAGCAUGACAAAGAAAACAUGGUAGCCUGUCUAAAGUACUUGAAAGAGGAAGGAGAUGUGGACAGAUCAGGCAAUUUUGUCGGUUUACUCAAGGACAAGGGUAUAAUUACUGAGGAAAUUCAUCACAAAUUGCUUGCUUAUUUUUCUGGUGAAUAUGCUUUUGAAGAUGGAUUGUUUGGAAACUUUUUAGGUGGCGAUGAAGACUGUGCGGAGACGUUGAACUGA